AGAUUUUUUCUCUCUCUCAUAUUCGCUAUCGCUAUAACGUUGUUUGUUCACAAAACCAAAACAAAAAAACCUCGUUCGCUUCAAAAACCCAACACACUCACAGAAAAACAAGAGAUAAACAAAAACCCUAAAAUCGUUCUUUUCUUCACAAAUUCAACUAUUGUUAAGAUUGUUGACUGUUACUGUUGAUUUACUUGGAAAUUGAAAGAUGGGUGCUCCUGCUUAUGAUCAAUGUUUUAAUGUUUCUCUUGCGCCAUUGGAAUUAUCGAAAAAGAGGAAAACUAGGAGUAGAGGAAAAGGAACUAAAUCUGUGGCUGAGACUCUAGCAAAAUGGAAGGAAUACAAUGAGAAGCUUUAUGCUGGUAAAGAUGAUGGUAAACCAAAGCGUAAAGCACCGGCUAAAGGUUCAAAGAAAGGGUGUAUGAAAGGUAAAGGAGGACCUCAAAACUCGGAGAAUAAGUAUCGAGGUGUUAGACAGAGGACUUGGGGGAAAUGGGUUGCUGAGAUUAGGGAACCAAAUAGAGGAAGUAGACUUUGGUUAGGUACUUUUCCGACGGCUCAAGAAGCUGCUCUUGCUUAUGAUUAUGCUGCUAGAGCCAUGUAUGGUCCUUCUGCGCGACUUAACUUUCCUGAUAUCUCAGAUUAUAGAUCUAUUCAGGAAUAUUUGAAGGAUUCUUCAGCAGCAGCUGCUAGCUGUUGUUCUUCGGUGGCAACAACGCCUGCGACAUCUGAGACAACAACUGUGUCUAGUCAUUCUGAGGUUUGUGCUAUUGAGGAUGUUAAGGAGAUACCUAGGAUACCUGUUCAUAUGAACAACACUGUUGAUGUUUGUUAUAAAGGUUAUGAAGCCACAUCUCCAACUAGUAGAAUGAAGCAAGAGCCAAUGGAUGAGCCUGAUGAUAUCAUAGACCUUGGUGGUGGUGAAAUCCAAGAUGCAAAUUCAGAAGGAACACAAACUCUAACACAACCACAAACACAUGAUGCUGUGCUGGUUGGAGAGGGUGUGUGUAAUGACCAGAUGGAUUUUUCAUGGAUGGAUAACUUUGACUUCGAUGAUGAUUACUUGAAGAGUUUUUCAGUGGAUGAGUUCUUUCAUGUGGAUGAUUUCUUUGAGGUGGAUGAGCUUUUGGGGCAACUAGAUAAUAAUCCGAUUGAUGAUUCUGGGGUGAUGCAAAGUUUGGAUUUUGGACAAGUGGGUUUACCUGAAGAAAGUAAUCCUCAGGUUGGGACUACUUCAAGCUUCUUUUAUGAAUUGGAAAAUCCAGAUGCUAAGCUGUUGGGGAGUUUGCCUCAUAUGGAACGCACAGCAUCAGGUGUCGAUUAUGGAUUACCUCUGAACUUCAAUGGCGGUGGAGAAGAUACACCGUUUCUGGAUUUGGAUUAUGAUUUAAAUCACGAUUCAAGAGGAAUGCAGGGAAGGAAGAAUGAUUAGGGAAGACUUUGUGCACAAGUUUGCUUCACAAGUAUCAACUGGCUUGGUUUCUUCAAAAAAAAGUAUCAACUGGCUUGGACAUCCUGCUCAUGGCUUGUCCCUUGGAUUUGUUUUCCUUUUAGCUUAUAGAUGCAUAAAAAAUAAAAUAGGAAAUAAGCUACUUUCUUCUUUUUGAUAUGCUAAUUCCCUAUAGGGUUUUUAAAAUGGGGAAUUUAGCUGACAAUAUUCGUUUAUUUUUUUGUUUAGUUUGUUUACUGGGUUUAAUUAUGACUGCCUUAUAACCCAUGUACAGUACUUUCUAGGUCUAAUACAGCGUCUUGAGCACUGAUUUUGACAUUAGGUUUUCAUGUUAUAUGUAAAAUGGACAAGUAGUUUUUUCAUGUUGCUACUCUUGUACAGUACUUUGUUUUUCAUGUUAUAUGUAAAUGCACAAGUAGUUUUUUCA